AUGGAGCAAGUGCACAAGGACAAGCUGAGAGAGUUCGUGGCUCGUAGCAGCGGAUCUAAAGGCGAAGGACUACUGACAGAGAUGAACAAGCUCAUGGACUACCUGUUCGAGCACAACUUGGCGUACCGCACAACUGUGCGGUGCAGUGUGGUGGGGGUCCACCCCCAAAACAGGGACGGUAUGGGCGUCUCCUGCCAUCAUGUUGCCGAGUUGAUUAAGAGCAUCCAUGCUCUGGGGUUCGACCCAAGCAAAGUCAACAUGCUUCUGGUCGAGAUGUGGCCAGGCACCCCAGAAACUGCAAAGGCGAUACAGUUCAAUGACAGGAUGGCUAUGGUAUCCAGUGGCCGUCUCCCAUCAGUUGCAUGUGGUGGCCCUUUGCGGUACUGCACAAUACAAGGUUCACAUACCAAUAUGGCGUGCAGGUCGCUCCUCUAUGGUGCUGCCAGUGAUGAUCCAGCUUUGACCGACUCCUCAGGCAAAUUAUCGAUAGACCGCAUUGGAAGCCAGUGGGCAGCAGCCAUCAAGAAUGGCAUGGAAUGCACAGUUUUGACCAGCGCUGUUGCCACAGCCAACCCUGACAUCAUCAGUUUGCUGCAGGCUUCGGGCAAUGCAGUCCAGCAAAUCAGCAAGGAGGAAGAUGAGAUCCAAGUCAGCAACCGGAUCAUCCAAACCAUCAACUCCUACCAGAGCUUGCAUGGAAAGACGCCUUUGUGGUCAGACAUUAGCAACCAAGUUUUGAGGAGCCAACCGAAAUGCAAAGAGGCUGCCCCAAGCAUCUUCUUGUUCUCUUUGAAAUAUUCAGCAGGGGAUGCCUUUUGGACAGAGACCGAAUCAUAUAUUCGUGCUCAUGGGCUUUCUCGAAAUCUGGGAUUGGAGACAUGGACAAACUUGUCUACAGACCUGAAGGGUGAUGCCAGGGUUUGGUAUCGACACAUGCUGCUGAAGUUUGCUUUCUGCAACGCAGAGCGAGUUCUUUCAGCCAGUGAUGCCAAGAAAGCUUUGAGCAACAAAGAGCUCUUGAAGGAAGCGGUCAACCUGGUCAAAGUAGCAGCCCAGUGGAAGAACAUUGCUCAGACAUUGUGCGCUGAUGAGAAGAAAAAACUUGCCAUGAAGAGUCACAUGGGACACUUGGAGGUCCAUUUGAUUUCCAUUUUGCUGGACCGAAAGAAACGCCAAUAUGAAACCAUGGGCCAGGCUGCCAAGGAAUGCAUGGCUGAGUUGGUGACGGAGACAGGGGCUACAAUUCCAACACUGCCAGAUGAGUGGUCAGAUUCACCACAAGACGGAAGCUCAAAGCCGACGAAGGAUGAUCGCCCAAAGGGUCCAGCUCGUUUGGCUCAGCACAAGUACGCUGCAUCUGGAGCUUUGGAGAAUGUGGAAGAAGUUCUGGCUUCAAAGGGCUUCCAACCGGGCAUGCAAGCCACACGAGGAGAUGUGACAUGCACGAUCAGGAAAAUCACCACAUCAGACGUGGAGAUCCUACUGGACGACCAGACGAUCAAGGUGGUGUCAGCCUCUUCAUUCCUCAAUGGGGAAUGGAAACUGAACAGCAAAACCAGCAAGGAGCAAGAGGAAGUCGAAUGGACUUCAGACCACCAGCCACGUCCAUUGAGAUGCAGCUUCAAGUCUUGA